AUGAUGAACGGCGGUGUCGGGGGAAUGAUGUUCCAAGUGAUGGACGGUUUGCCACAUGGACUUCAUCCCCAACUGGCCCAACCAUCACAUCAUCAUCCGCAUAUGCCGGCCCCAAUAACUUCAUCUAUGAAUCGGAGCCAAAGAUGUGGCGUCUGCCGGGGCUGCCAAUGCAAACCAUGUGGACAAUGUACCUAUUGCCAAGAUAGCCCUCAAUUUGGUGGGCCUGGUGUGAAAAAGCAGUCCUGCAUUGAGCGACGAUGUUUGCGAGUGCUGGAAAAUCGACUUCAGCGUGACGCUCCCACCUUCAAAGCGAGGGUCGGUUGCAACAACUGCGAAGACUGCCGUAUGCCAGACUGUCAGAUCUGUUUGGUUUGCCUGGACAAGAGGUUUUUCGAAAAUCGUUAUAUGACCGGAGCGAUGUGCGCGAAGAAACGGUGCAACAAUGCCACGUCUAUAGAAUUACCCGCUACAGCCCCACCACUUAUGCCGGAUUAUCAUCAGAGGCAUCAAAUGUUCCAGGCACAGAAGCGAUGUUAUGAAUCGAGUGGCGGGAUGCCGUUCGAUAUGAAACGACCAGCAGUGAUGUAUGGAGGCCCAAUGCCAAUCCAUGCCGCCCAACUCAUGCAGCAACGCCAUCUCAUCAUGCCCGCACCACAACCGCAAUUCGAUAUGUCACUGCGGCUACCACCCAACCCGAUGCCUCCUCUCAGUCUUUCGACACAAAGCCCGAUUCCCAGUGCACAAAAUUUACUUCAAACCUGCGCGCCCAUAACCGAAGUGAUAAAGUAUCCGGCCAGCGGUUCAACUCCAGGACAACAGCUGCCCCCUACUUCCUCUCCAAUGCCACCAACCCCGUCACCUCCAACCUCCAAUUGCGGCCCACCUGGUGGUGCAAAGUCUGAAGUCUCAUGCUCCACCCCUUCCGCCAUCCACGACAACUCUCCUACCCCGAAUUCGACACAGGGGACGCAUAGCGAGCCGAGCCCGACGCAAGGAGCCAUGCUUUUACCACUUGAUCCCUACGGAAUGCUGCAUCCCUAUGGACACCCAAAUGAUUUCUACGCAAAGUAUUACAUGGAUGAAUUGGCACAAAAUGGUGAUCCGUUUAUGCCACCAUCCUAUGCCCCGGAGAUGAAGAAUGCCGUCGUGCUACAGCCGCUA